AUGAAGCAUGUCAAGCUGCUUUUGACGAGCGGUACUGUGCCGCUGCUCGGCCGCGGCCUGGGCCCCGGCGACGUGACGCUCCAGAUCAACGGCGUCGUGCUGGCGGACAACAUGAAGGUCGCCGACCUCUGCAACGCGGUGACCCUCCACGCGUACAUCGCGCGCGCGGAGAAGGCCGACGGCGCGUACGGCGGCGCCAGCGGGAUCAUCCCAUGGCUGGACAAGGCCGACAUCGCCGUCGUGACGAUGCCGCUCGGCCUCACGUUCGGCGGCGACGGGAAGAAGGCGACGACGCUCGCGAAGAAGGCCCGCGAGGCGCUCGCGCUCGUCGGCUUGACCGUGGCCGACGUGCUCUUCUACGCGCGCGACGGCGGCGAGGCGGCGGCAUGCAUCAAGCAUCUCAGAAGUGAGAAACUCGUGGAGCAUCUGCAGUACCUGGGCCUGCUGAAGCCGGAGGAGUGCAUGGAUGUGCGCUUCGAGUCCUACAUGCUCGCUGCCGCGUACAUCUGGGCGAACAAGGGGCUGCUGAUGGUCGCUAUCGUCCUGAGCCUGGGCCUGGGCGAGGACGCGUCGACGUCGACUCGGGAUCUCUUACUGAAGCUCCGCGCCCUGCGCGACGAGGGGGCGUCGCGGUGCUACUACUUGCUCUCCAAGCCCGAGUUCUUGCUGCACACAUCCGUGCUCGCGGCGCUCAACUACGCCGUCGUCCACGCGUCGCUCAAGUGGGGCCACACGUACGGGGGCUUCCGCUUCAACGAGCUGGGGACGCACGUCAUGAACCUCGUGGCCAAGUACGUCGCCGUCGCGAUCGACCCGAAGGCGUCGGGGCUCUUUGACGACGCCUACGCCUACGCCAAGCCCUUGGGCUUCGAGCACGCCGUGGACAACUUGGCGAAGAACUACACGAAGGAGCUCAUCGAGUACAUCAUCAACCGCUACGACUACGUGCUCUGCCUCCCGUGGUCCCACAGCUUCUUCUUCGACAAGGACCGCCGGGCCCCGUACGCCCGCGCCCUGGGCCGGCAGCUGUGGCCCCCCGCGGCCGCGUCGACGGUCGCACGCGGCGCCGGAGCCGACGCGCGGCCGACGGCCGACGACGCGCCCUCGCCGCUCUCCACCAAGGAGCUGGCGCUCGUCAACCACGUGGAGAUCCUCGGCCUGCUCCGGUCCAAGCCGCUGCGGGACGCCGUGGACAUGGUCGCGCUCGAGGGCGAGCCGGGCGGCAUCGUCGCCGGCGGCGAGCUGCCGUCGAUCCUCUACGAGGCCCUCGCGAAGAAGUUCUGCUCCUACAAGGUCGACAACGCCCACUCCGAGGUCAUGGUCAAGAUCCUGAAGUGGGUGAUCGCGGAGGGCCACACGCUACCGGGGCAUCGCGACGCACGCUUUGGGAACACGGCGUCGGAGAACGACGUGAGCACCUACCUGCUCGAGCACUACCCCGACGGGAGCCCGCAGCUCGAGGCAGCACGGGCCGAGGCGCGUUCGGACGUGGCGCCGAAGAAGCGGCCGCGCGCGACGCGCGAGGAGUCGACGUCGUCGGUCGAGGAUUUGGUGAGCUUGCUGGAGCCGUCGCAGGUCGCGGCCGCGGCGGCGCAUGGGCUGAACUCGUACGCGGCGUCGUCGGUUACCGCCGUGCGCUCCCUCAAACGCGGCGAGCUCUCGGCCGCGGUGCACUCGCUGGUCGCGCAUCUAAAAAAUUUGGGCGAGAACGCCGCGCUCGCGGAAGCCGCGACCUGCCCGUCGUGCGGCGCCGCCGCGGUCCCGUGCCGGCCGGGGACGAGCAGCUCGAACACGCACGACCACGCCUGCGUCUGCUACGCGUGCUGGAGGAAGCUCCACGCGACGGGCUCGAACUGCGUCGUCUGCGGCGAAGCGUUUUCUGGACUCGAGCUCCCGGGCGGCAGGUCGUUCGGGCUUGUCGCGUUUCAAGAGCUCAGUGGUAAUCAGCCUGCAUCCAUGGCCGACUUCAUGGCGGCCCGAGACCGGCCGCUCGUGGUCAAGCCCGGUGGCCAGCGGCCCAUGGUCGGCCCGCACCUGCCGUACGCCGAGGUCGACCCCUACGGGCCCGCGGCGCGGGCACUCGCGGCGGCGAAGAAGGACAAGAUGCGCCCGGCGCUGCCCGCCGGCGCGGCGCAGCCCGUGGAGCCGCACCCCGUGAUCAAGUCGACCUGGGUCGACCUCUUCGCGCACAUGAUGGACGAGGCGGACCGCGACGAGUUCGUCGAGCGCCUGAAGGAGCGGCGCGUCGCGGACCGCGGCCGGGACCUCCGGGCCGCGCGCGAGCUGAGCCGCAUGGCCGCGGACCAGGACCGCAAGGAGGCGGCGGAGGCCGCGGCGGCGGCCAUGCGCGCCGCGGGCGGGCGCGAGGCGCUGCGGUCCCUGCGGCGCCGCGUCUACGCGCUCGACGAGGACCGCGGGGCCGACGGGUUCGUCUCCAAAUCCGCGGUCGCCGCGCAGCUCCCGCGCGAGGUGCGCCCCCUCGUGACCUUCGACGACGCCGGCGACCUCUGCCGGGGCUUCGACAUCAUCACCGCCGCGGAACUGGCGCAGACCAAGGCCGCGCGCGUCGUCCCCACCGUCGCGGCCGCGCCGCGCCAGCUGCCGAGCCACUGCGACCUGCGCAGGGCCUUCUACGACGCGGACCCCUACGGCAACGGCUACGCGUCGUCGGCGGUCGUCCGGCGGUCCUGGGCCGCGCUCCGCGGCGCGAACCCGCCCGAUUCGCAUCUGGCGGCGGGUCUGGACCUGUGUCUGGACGCGGCGCCGGAGCUCGCGCUCCGGGACCUCGAGCGCCUCCUGCUGACGAACGCGCACCUGCCGGCGGCGCGCGCUGAGAGCCGGUCCGCGACGUCCAAACUCGUCGCCGCGGCCCGCGAGCUCCAGCGGACUCCGAAAUUCGACGACGCGGCGGACGCCGUCGACCUCGGCUCGCGGGCGCCGCUCGUCUUCCGGGACCAGCUCCGGCGCUCGUCCGCGGACGAGGCGGCGCGGCGCGCGGCCGCCGAGGAGCAGGCGCCGCGGGAGGUCGCGGCCGCGCCGACGGAGGCGGCCGCGCCGACGGACGUCGUCCCGGGCGGCCCGCGUCCCGGCCCUCCGCGCUUCGCGGGCGACGGCCGCGUGGCCGAGGGCGGCCGGCGCCGGUCGGCCUACGUCGACCUCUCCGACGGCGGCGCCCUCCGCGAGGUGCGCUUCGGCGUCCGCUUCCCCGACGACGAGCUGCCCGCGGGCGCCGCGAGGACCCUCGCGGGCGUCGUGCGCUGCGGCGGCGCCACGGUCGAGUGCGCCGUGCCCGUGCUCGGCGGCGAGAGCGACGGGCCCGUGCGGUCGCCCAUCGUGCGCCUCUCGGCCGGCGGCGCGGCGCCGCUCCGCGUCAACGUCUUCGCCGCGGGCGGCGCGCCGCUCUGCUCCGCGAACCUCGCGGCCGAGGCCCUCGCGGCCGCGGGCGUCGUCGAGCUCGCCGCGCGGCCGUCCUUCCGCGGCGCGCCCGCGGCCGAG